AUGGCCCGCCGAUCCUUCGGAGUCGUCGCCGCCGCGCUCCUCGUGGCGCAGGCCUGCGGCCUCGUGGCGCGCACGCUGCCGCGGGCCGCGCCCGCGCGGAGGACGGCCGCGCGCGCCGCGCCGACGGCCUUCUUCCAGCAGUUCCUUCCCAAUCCCGAGGCCGACGCGGCCCUCGACGGCUUCGUGUCCGGGUCCAAGGCCGUGCUCUUCUCGGACGGCUCCGCGGCGUCCCAGUCCGCGAUCGAGGCGCUCAAGGUGUCGAAGACGACCAAGUACACGGAGGUGCGCCUCGACCAGCAGCCGGAGAGCGGCGCGCUCGUCGGGAGCCUCAAGCGCCGCAUCGGCGUGAGCCCGCCCGCGCUCAUCGUCAACGGCGCCGUCUUCGACGCGAAGCGCAUCGACUACCUCGUCAAGCAGGACAUGAUGCUCCCCGUCUUCCGCGCCGCGGGCACGUCCGGCGAGAUCCGCCUGCCCUUCCAGGACCUCCGCUUCUACCUCGCGAAGACGAUCAACUGA